CGUAAAUUUUCAGAAAAAAAACCGUUAAGGAUUAUUUAGAAAGUCAUGUCCAGGUUUUUAUUUACUUCUGAAUCUGUUGGUGAAGGUCAUCCUGACAAGAUCUGUGAUCAAGUAUCUGAUGCUAUUUUGGAUGCAUGUUUAAAAGAAGAUCCAAAUUCUAGAGUUGCUUGUGAGACAGCUAUAAAAACUGAAAUAGUUAUUAUUUUUGGGGAAAUCACUACUAAAGCUUCUCUUGAUUAUAAAAAAAUAGUUCGUGAAACGAUCAAAAAUAUUGGUUAUGAUAGCUUGGAUAAGGGUUUUGACUAUAAAACAUGUAAUAUUUUUCUUGCUAUUGAAGAACAAUCUCCUGAUAUUGCACAAGGACUUCAUUUAGAAAAAUCAUUAGAAUGUAUUGGUGCGGGAGAUCAGGGUAUUAUGUUUGGAUAUGCCACGAAUGAGACAGAAGAGUUACUACCAUUGAGUAUUUUACUUGCUCAUCAGUUAAAUAAGGCGCUUGCAGAAGCCCGACGUAGUGGCGAGAUAAAGUGGCUACGUCCGGAUUCGAAAACACAGGUUACAGUUGAAUAUGAGCAGGGAAAUGGGAUGGUAGUUCCUGUUCGUGUGGAUACUAUUGUUAUUUCUACGCAACAUGCUGAUACAGUUUCUACUGAAAAGAUUCGUGAAGAGAUUUUAGAAAAAAUUAUCAAAAAGGUUAUUCCUUCAAAAUAUUUAGAUGAAAAAACUAUAUAUCAUAUUCAGCCAUCUGGUAGAUUUGUUAUUGGAGGGCCCCAGGGUGAUGCGGGCUUGACUGGAAGAAAAAUUAUUGUUGAUACUUAUGGAGGAUGGGGUGCACAUGGUGGUGGUGCUUUUUCGGGCAAAGAUUUUUCUAAAGUUGAUCGCAGUGCAACUUAUGCAGCAAGAUGGGUAGCAAAAUCUCUUGUUGCAUCUGGUUUGUGCAAAAGGUGUCUUGUUCAGCUUUCAUAUGCAAUUGGUAUUUCUUAUCCUUUAAGUAUUUUUGUUGAACAUUAUGGAACAAGUAAAAAAACUUCAUCUGAACUCGUUGAAAUUGUAAAGAAAAAUUUUGAUUUAAGACCAGGUGUUAUUGUUAAAGAACUUGGGUUGCAGCUUCCAAUUUAUUUUAAAACUGCAUGUUAUGGGCAUUUUACUGACCAGUCUUUUCCAUGGGAAAAACCUAAAAAGUUAGUGUUUUGAUUUAAUUCUCAGAAUGUUCAUAUUGGGGAUUUUUUGUGGGUUAUU